CGUCAAUUUUCCCAUAUUUAUUUAUGUUUCUCUAGUGCAAUAAAUAUUAAGUUGUCAGCAAUUUAUUACAAAAAUUAAAGAACUCUAAUAAAUAUUAAUAAUUAUUAAUACUUACAAAAUUAUCAACAUCAAUUUUUAACGUUGUUAGCAGACACAUUCGGUUUGAGAGAACGAUAUGAGCAGAUCGCAUCGGGACCACAAGAUUGUUAUUAUCGGCGCUGGAGCAUCGGGUAUUGCCUGUGCCACCAAACUCCUGGAGUAUGGCUUUCAGAAUGUGCUCGUCCUUGAGGCCGAGGAUCGUCUAGGCGGACGCAUACACACGAUACCCUUUGGGGCAAAUGUGAUCGAUAUGGGAGCCCAAUGGUGUCACGGCGAGCAGGAUAACAUUGUGCAUGAACUGGCUAGCAAACAUGAUCUGCUGGAGUCGACGGGACCGGUCUAUGAGAACUAUCAGUGUGUGCGCAGCAAUCGGGAGGUGUUGCCCGAUAAUGUGGCCAACCGGUUGAAGGCGAUUGUGGGGGAUUCGCUUGUGACGCGACAGCUGGAGCUGCGACAUUGCAGUGGCUCGCUGGGCAGCUACCUGUCGAACAAGUUCUACGAGAUGCUGCGGCUGCCUGAGAAUGCUGACAUCGAUCAGGUUAUCGCAGACGAGUUCUUUGACAAUUACAAAAAAUUCGAGAACUCGGUGGAAGCAUCCGAUACGCUGGAGGAGGUGUCGGGUCGUGGCUAUCUGAACUACUGGGAAUGCGAGGGUGACAUACUGCUCAACUGGAAGGACAAGGGCUAUGUGGAAUUGCUGCGUCUGCUGAUGCACAGUCGGGAGCUGAAAUCCGACUCGGAUCUUGGUGUUCUCGAGCAGCGUGUGCUCUUUAACAGAAGCGUCAAGUGUAUAAAUUGGAAUCGCAACGAUUCUCGCGUCGAACUGCAGCUGACCAAUGGUGAAAGUUGUCUGGCGGAUCAUGUGAUUGUCACUGUCUCCCUGGGUGUACUCAAGGAGCAGCAUUUGCAGCUGUUUGAGCCAAAGCUGCCGGUGGCCAAGCAACGCGCCAUCGAGGGUUUGGCCUUCGGCACGGUGAACAAACUGUUUGUGGAGUUUCCGCAGGCCUUUUGGCCUGAGGAUUGGACGGGAUUCACGCUGUUGUGGCGAGAGGAGGACCUCAGUGAUAUACGUAAUACCUCGCGUGCCUGGCUGGAGGAUGUCUUUGGCUUCUAUCGGGUCAGUUAUCAACCCAACGUGCUUGCCGGCUGGAUAAUCAAUGCCAAUGGCAGGCACAUGGAGACACUGCCCGAGGGUGAGGUAAUUGCUGGCUGCAUGUAUCUCUUCCGGCGCUUCCUACACUGGUCAAUACCUGAACCCGUGGGCUUCCGCACUUCUGCCUGGUACACUAAUGAACAUUUUCGCGGUUCCUACUCCUUUCGCUCCAUGGACACCGAGCGUCUGGGCACCGGAGCCGGCGACUUGGCUCAGCCUUUGACUGUGGUCACCAUGACACCGCAAUCGCCGAGCCGUGACAAAUCGCUGCAUCAGCAGAGUCGCUGUGACAAGCCCAUUGUUUUAUUUGGCGGCGAAGCAACCAGCGAACAUUACUAUUCCACAGUCCAUGGCGCUGUCGAGGCGGGAUGGAGGGAGGCCAAGCGUCUUGCUGACUUUUAUGGCCUGAGCGGAGCUGUGAAUGUGACCAAGUCACAGCUAUAGCAUCAGGCUAUGGAUGCAAACCAUGUGAAAGUAUCGUCUUCAUUGGUCCUGGACCAAAUUGGACUGGGACCACACACUACGCAAUCAAUCAAUAAUACUGGAUAGACUUCAUAUACUAUGAUAUAUGCAUAAGGUAUAUAAGGCUCUUACUUUAAGUCGACGACUAAUACUAGACAUGAUAUGAUAUACGAUCUAUGAUAUAUGAUCGAGCUACGAAUAUAUAUACAAAUAUGCUGAAUUCUUAUUAUAUUCGCAUCUGGCAGCUGCCCAAUAAAGUUGUUUAAAUCU